AUGACUUACAACAGAAGAGUUCCUCUAUGGAAUAACUCUGACUCCUCUCACCCUCUCGCCAAUUUCACUACCCAUUUUUCUUUCUCUCAAACGGUUGGCGACGCAUUCGGGACUGGACUCUCUUUUUUCAUUACUUCUUCUGACUUGGAGCCAUCUGUAAAUGCCGCUGGUCUCAACUUCUCCAGUCAUAUUAUAGUGGUGGAGUUUGAUUCGUUCAUCAAUCAUGCCGGCUUGGUUGACAACUAUGUGACAAUCAAAGUGAAUAGCGUUGUUUGCAAGACCUCAGUCAGAAUCUUUCUCGGAACGUCAAGGUUGGCUUCUCCGCUUCCACCUUCCACCGAAUUAGAUUCAGUGGUGCUCCAUGACAUCUACGGAUGGGAGUUUUCUGCUCAAUAUUCAUGGGAUAUCAACACUCAGCCCGAAAGUCCACCAUUCCAGACAAAUAAGAGAAGAAAUGAUGUUCUGUUGUUUGUUACAGCAUGCGUGGCGAUGCUAGUGACCACAAUGGUUGGUUUGGCGCUGCUCUUAGCCCGGUGGCUGCGUGGUAAUACAAAUAAGCUGAAAAGCAGAGAGCUGGACAAGCAUUUUGCUCCAGGCCCGCGUAAGUUUUCCUACGCUGUCCUCCGAUCUGCAACGAAUAACUUCAGCAACGAUCAAAUGCUUGGAAAAGGAGGCUUCGGGCAAGUCUACAAAGGCUUCUUAUCUGCGUCAAAGGAGAUCGUUGCAGUGAAAAAAUUAUCGCAAGGCUCCAAACAAGGCCAAAAAGAAUAUAUUUCAGAAGUGAGUAUAAUCUCUAAGCUCAGGCAUCGGAACCUUGUGCAGCUCCACGGAUGGUGCCAUGAAAAGGGUCACCUGCUUCUUGUCUACGAGUUUCUACCAAGCGGAAGCCUCGACAAAUAUUUAUUUGGGGAGCAGAAGAAGGGUGCCCUGAAAUGGGAGAGAAGGUACAGCAUUACAUGUGACAUAGCCUCUGCUCUUUUGUAUCUCCAUGAAGAUUGGGACGAGCCUGUUGUGCACAGAGAUAUAAAGGCAAGCAAUGUAAUGCUGGAUGGGGAAUUCAAAGCAAAGCUGGGGGAUUUUGGGCUGGCGAGAGUGUUGGAACGCGAGCGUGGAGUCUCCCACACAACAGUGGUGGCAGGCACAUUUGGGUAUCUUGCACUCGAAUAUAUCUUUACCAGAAAGGCAAGCUUAGAAUCAGAUGUCUUCAGCUUUGGGGCAGUGUGUCUGGAAAUUGCGUGCGGGAGGAGGGCUAUAGAUCGGAGCUUGGAUGAUCAUAAUUGGAGAUUAGUCGAAUGGGUUUGGGACCUGUAUGGAAAGGGGAAGAUUUUGGACGCCGCAGAUGCAAAGUUGGGUGGAAAUUUAAACGGCGAGGAGAUGGAAAGCGUGUUGUUAGUGGGGUUGUUGUGCUCUCAUCCGGAUCCCAAAGCCAGACUGAGUAUAAGACAGGUGGUUGAUAUCCUGAAAAUGAAAGCUCCACUCCCUCCUCUUCCUCCAAGUUAUCCAGAAACCGUGUACACUACCUCUCAUGGUCCUGUCUUUGCUUUAUCGUUGAUGUCUAAUGGAACAUUUUGUACGGCAGAGAGUGCCUGGAAUAUUGAGAGUGCAUAA